AUGUCUUUUGAACGGCUGCUCUCAAAGAGAAGCUUUCAUAGCGGCGUCCGGCGUAAAUGUGUCAAACAGGCUGCUCUCAAAAAGCAGCUGAAGUGGACGUGGAUUGUUAGUACGAACGAGAUCCUGCAACGAGAGUGCUCGGGUCAUUGGGCUUGCGGCCUCGCACAGGGUGGCGAGGACAAGCGUCGGGAUGGGAAGAGGAGAUGCAAUUCGACGUACCCCAUCGUCUUGAAUCAAGUUGAUUCAUGA